AUGGGCCAUUUUACGGCUCACGCUGUCAGCCGCGGCACGGAUGUUGAGUCUGGGCGGAGCGAGUCUCAGGAGGAACUCGUGAAGCCUAUCAAGACAUGGAAAGGUCAUCUGUGGGACACAUGGGAGCUUCCAGCAGAUCAGAGGAGACUUCUGUUCAAGGUCGAUGCGUUUGUGCUCACAUUUGCUUCGAUCGGUUAUUUCCUCAAAAACAUAGAUCAAACCAAUGUCAACAACGCAUUUCUCAGCGGUAUGAAGGAAGAACUAUCCAUGUACGGAAAUGAGCUCGUGACCAGCACGUCGAUUUGGACCGUAGGCUAUGUUAUUGGGCAGAUUCCUUCUAAUUUAUUGCUUACUCGGGUGUCGCCUCGAUGGGUCAUCCCAUCGCUUGAGGUUGGCUGGGGCAUCGCCACUAUCUGUACCGCUGCUGUAAAGGACUACCGAGCUCUAUAUGCGCUACGCUUUUUCGUCGGUCUAUUCGAAUCUGGUUUCUAUCCCGGUAUACACUACCUCCUCGGAUCAUGGUACACCCCUCGAGAGAUCGGCAAGAGAGCUAUGAUCUUCUGGCUCGCUGGCUCUGUUGGUCAAAUGUUUAGCGGAUUCUUACAGGCGGCUGCGUACACCAAUCUCAAUGGUGUACACGGUCAUUCCGGUUGGCGAUGGCUUUUCCUCGUGGACGGCAUCAUCACAUUACCACUCGCUGUUAUGGGUUUCUUCUUCUUCCCUAAUCUACCACAGAGUGGCAAUAAGACAUGGUGGAUCACUGAAGAAGAACAUGUUCUAUCAAUCAAGAGAAUGCAAGCCGUCAACCGUGCAGGAAAAGCGAAAUGGACCAAAGACAAGAUCAAGGGGAUUGUGUUGAGCUGGCAGUUUUAUCUCCUGCCUCUGCUUUACGUUGUGUGGAACAACGCGUUUCCGCAGGCCGCUAUGGGAUAUUGGUUGAAGAGUUUCAACGCAACCCCCGCUCCUGUUCCGGGCCAUACUUACACUGUGGCACAAAUCAACAACUUGCCGCUGCCAACGACUGGCAUAUUUAUCGUAGUCGCUCUAACUUGGGGCUGGCUGUCGGAUAUCAAGGGCUUGAGGUGGCCAUUCAUACACGCGGGAGCUAUUAUAACUCUCAUUUUUACUGUUCUACUACGGCAGAUGCCACUCUAUGAAAACAUUAACGGUCGAAUUGCGGUCUAUUGGCUUAGCAACAUCGGUGCAGGAGCCGGACCCCUAAUUUUGAGUUGGAUCAAUGAGAUCUGUUCCGGUGAUACCGAGAAGCGAGCGCUGCUCGUCGCUAUGGCUAACGAUCUUGCCUAUGUCGUGCAAGCUGUCGCUCCAAAUUUCGUCUGGAAAACGACCGAUUUCCCGGCUGCACGAUCAGGCUACCUGUGGUCGAUCGUCCUCCAGAUCCUGCUCGUCGUUGUGUGUCUAGCCAUCCAGCUGGCGCUCAGGCUGGACAAGAAGAAGGCUGCAAACGCGGAAACCGCUUCCGUCCCGGAGAAUUCUAUAGAUGUCCUGGCGUCGCAAGCUCGCGAGGCGGAGAAAAGAACACCGACUGAGGACACGAAAUUAUCAAGCUAGACUUAGAGUACUUGCCCUUAGUCUUUGCACUUCAUGUAACGAACCUAUUAUUGUGGCUAUAAGGUUGCGAAUGCGUUCGAGGUUCAACUCGAGGUAGAAUAAACGUAGCUAGGU